AUGGCAGAUGUGUCAUGCCAUUGUAUCAACCUAGGGUCGACCAUCCAUGAAGAAUAUAAUCAUAACACACGGCUUGUGAUAUCUAGCUCCGUUCAAGUCUCCCAAGCUGAUGACUCUAUACUGUUUUUAGGGGAGGGUAUCUCUGUAGAACACCUCCUCGGGCGGGAUUUUUGGGUCUCCUGGAGCUCCAAUUCUACUCUACGACUUAAAAUCUCCGUCAGAAUGCAGGCUUCUUUAACAAGGAAUUCCUCCACGCCAGUCAUCCUACAGCAGAUUUUAGAUAUACUCACUAGAUCAUCGAUAUGGUCUGCCCUUGGCCUCCAUGUCACUUUGAACAACGAAGAAAUGGUUCUUCACAAUGAAACGAAUGUGCUUAAUAUCAAUUUACAAGCUCAACCGAACAAAGCCCAGAUUACAAGCUAUGGGUUAAACAGGUUUCCAAGGUCGCUCGGCAUAUUGCUCAGUGGGAAUUCAUUCAUCCGUCCACCGCCAGAGAUUCCUACAAUCCAAGUCCGCGAAGUUGGCAUUCUGCUUGACUUCUCAGGCGCUUCCAGCUCUGUAACCUCAGCGGUCGUACCGGAGGACAAGUAUACUUACAGUAUCCAUUCAUAUGUGCCUUUGUUUGAUUCCGACGGAUGGGAGUCACUGGAUAAUUCGUCCCCCUUCUCUAGCCAGGAAUCAAAUUCUACCCACAGUUCCGUCAAUUCGAACUCAGGCUCACCCGCGUCUGAGACACAGCCUUCUAACUGGUCCGAAAAUAAUUCUAUCCGGCCGUUUAUUCCCCUCUUAAACGCUGGAUUACGUACCCUUCUGCGUAUGCCAUUACCCAAACAUAGAUUAAUAAACAAUCAGUCUUCAAAUGAGCACCAAAUUAGCCUUGCAAAGUUAUCGCCGAGUAUUUUCAGUCCAGGGUAUAAUUUGGCUACGCACCAGCGUUCUUGUUUUAUACCGCUGAUAGUUAAAGGAAUUAGUUCUAUGCUAAAAAAUACGGAUGUUAGUUUAUAUGGACCAACCGUUUCGCGAAUCCAUGAGGUCUACAGACACAAAUACCUGGCUACAGAAGCUGGUCCAACUCUAGCCUCCCCAGACAUGAAGAAUAUUUUGAGAUGUUUAUUAUGGGUACAAAUGCAACAUUCUCUUCGUAACUCUGAUGAAGCGCGGAAAUUAAGACAUCCCUUCACAACUACCCCCCCUGAGCGCACCUUGAAAAAACACGAAAUACCCUACUGCUCGCUGAGCAAGUUACCAAUUACAGAGUCAGCCGAUAUCCCCAUUGAUGCCAACGGCCGUCCCGAUCCUGAUUGGUAUUUGUUCGAUGAUGAAGAAGACGAAGAUAUCUUGUUAUCCGAUGAAGCUUACUGCGAACAACAAGAAAAAUGGUACGAUAUAUCUACUACACAGGAAACUGCAGCUCAUGCAGAUGCUUCUGAUUUACAGACUACCUUAUUAAAAACCAAUCUGGUACUUGGCUCGGACGGCAUAUUAUCGUCGUCUCCAUGUUUACUUGCAGAGGUGGACAUGGAUUCUCUAUCUGACCCGGAGAUAAGAGAGGACUUCGACCUGGAUGUUGGGCUGGCAAUAGAUAUGAAAGCAGAAACGGAGUUGACUAUGGGUAUACUACAAUCUUCUUCUCCACUUAUUCCAGCAUCUCCAGCAUACCAGCCUAUGGAGUUAUUUAAUAUCCCCGAUUUAGACGGCAGUGAUAUAGAGAUGAUGUUAUAA